GUGGGUGAAGAGAGACAGUUACCUCCCAGUGGGAAGUCACAACCUGAAAGCAGCAGCUAAAGCAAAGCUGGGCUAUGAUCCAGUGGAGCUGGACCCUGAAGAGAUGUGCCGGAUGGCUACGGAGGAGCCUCAGACCCUGGCCACCUAUUCAGUGUCCGACGCUGUUGCUACCUAUUACAUGUAUAUGAAGUACGUGCACCCUUUCAUUUUCGCCUUGUGCACCAUCAUUCCCAUGGAGCCUGAUGAGGUGUUAAGAAAAGGAUCUGGGACGCUGUGUGAGGCACUGCUGAUGGUUCAGGCCUAUCACGCCAACAUCAUCUUCCCCAACAAGCAGGAGCAGGAAUUCAACAAACUUACAGAAGAUGGCCACGUGCUGGACUCGGAGACGUACGUGGGAGGCCACGUGGAAGCACUGGAAUCUGGGGUCUUCCGCAGCGACAUCCCCUGCCGCUUCAAAAUGAAUCCUGCUGCCUUCGACUUCUUGGUGCAGCACGUGGAGAAGACGCUGCGGCAUGCCAUUGAGGAGGAGGAGGGUUUGCCCUUGGAUCAAGUCACCAACUUCAAGGAGGUUUGUGAUGAAAUCAAGGUUAAACUGAAUUCCCUGAAGGAUGUUCCCAACAGAAUUGAGUGUCCCCUAAUCUACCAUCUAGAUGUGGGGGCCAUGUACCCCAACAUCAUUCUGACCAACAGGUUGCAGCCCUCAGCCAUGGUGGAUGAGGCCACAUGUGCUGCCUGUGACUUCAACAAGCCGGGUGCCAACUGCCAGCGCCGGAUGACUUGGCAGUGGAGAGGAGAGUUCAUGCCUGCCAGCCGCAGUGAGUAUCACCGCAUCCAGCAGCAGCUGGAGUCGGAGAAGUUCCCCCCGCUGUCCCCCGAGGGAACACCCCGCGCCUUCCACGAGCUCUCCCGGGAAGAACAGGCCAAGUACGAGAAAAAGCGGCUGGCAGAUUACUGCCGCAAGGCGUACAAGAAGAUCCACGUCACCAAGGUGGAGGAACGAGUCACCACCAUCUGCCAGCGAGAGAACUCUUUCUACGUGGACACGGUGCGAGCUUUCAGGGACCGCCGCUACGAGUUCAAGGGGCUGCACAAGGUGUGGAAGAAGAAGCUGUCUGCAGCGGUGGAGACAGGAGACGCCUCUGAAGUGAAGCGCUGCAAGAACAUGGAAAUCCUGUACGACUCCCUGCAGCUGGCCCACAAGUGCAUCCUCAACUCCUUCUAUGGCUACGUCAUGCGGAAGGGAGCUCGCUGGUACUCCAUGGAAAUGGCUGGCAUUGUCUGCUUCACAGGAGCAAAUAUCAUCACCCAGGCCAGGGAACUGAUUGAGCAGAUUGGGAGACCUCUGGAACUGGAUACCGAUGGGAUUUGGUGUGUCCUCCCCAACAGCUUCCCAGAGAACUUUGUCAUCAAGUCAACCAAUGCCAAGAAGCCAAAGGUGACAAUCUCCUACCCAGGCGCCAUGCUGAACAUCCUGGUGAAGGAAGGCUUCACGAAUGAUCAGUACCAAGAACUGCAGGACCCAGCCUCUCUCACCUACGUCACACGAUCAGAGAACAGCAUCUUUUUUGAAGUGGAUGGACCAUACCUGGCCAUGAUCCUCCCAGCAUCCAAGGAGGAGGGGAAGAAGCUGAAGAAAAGGUAUGCAGUGUUCAACGAGGAUGGGUCCCUGGCUGAGCUGAAGGGAUUUGAGGUGAAGCGCCGGGGAGAGCUGCAGCUAGUGAAGAUAUUCCAGUCUUCUGUGUUUGAAGCCUUUCUGAAAGGCAGCACCCUGGAGGAGGUCUAUGCUUCUGUGGCCAAGGUGGCCGAUUACUGGCUGGAUGUGCUCUACAGCAAGGCUGCCAACAUGCCUGAUUCAGAGCUGUUUGAGCUGAUCUCGGAGAACCGGUCCAUGUCACGCAAGCUGGAGGACUAUGGGGAGCAGAAGUCCACCUCCAUCAGCACUGCCAAGCGCCUGGCAGAGUUCCUGGGGGACCAGAUGGUGAAGGAUGCAGGGCUGAGCUGCCGGUUCAUCAUUUCUAAGAAACCAGAAGGGUCUCCAGUCACUGAGAGGGCCAUCCCCCUCGCCAUCUUCCAAGCAGAGCCCAGCGUGUGCAAACACUACCUCCGAAAAUGGCUGAAGAGCCCCUCACUGCAGGACUUCAACAUCCGUGCGAUCCUGGACUGGGACUACUACAUCGAGAGACUGGGCAGCACCAUCCAGAAAAUCAUCACCAUUCCCGCAGCCCUGCAGCAGAUAAAGAACCCCGUGCCCCGGGUCCGUCACCCAGACUGGCUUCACAAGAAACUGCUGGAGAAGAACGAUGUGUACAAACAGAAAAAAAUCAAUGAGCUUUUCACUUCGGAAGGCAAGAGACAGGUCCUUGCCAACCAGCCCCUGGAGGGGACACUCAGCUCACAGAUUGGUGACAUAGAGGACUUUGGGGCUGCCAAGACCCUUCAGCCACCGGUUCCCAUCACAAAUAAGCGGAAGCGAGUUCCUGCAGCAGAGGAAAGCCAGCAGAUGUCCCAGUACCUGGAGCUGUCCCAGUCCUGGCGAGAGAUACUGGGUCCACCUCCCCCCCUGGGUACCACCAAGGGGGAGUGGUGGUGGCUUCACAUCUGGGGAAGGAGCAUGAGGCAGGGCUGGGGGCUGGAGGGCUUGGCCGCAAGGCAUGGUCGGGGGGGGCUGGGAAGCCCAUGCUGGUUUCUGGCUCCGCUCAUGCGUGCUCUGGAGGACGGCGGGGUGGUGGCAGGUGGAGGAGUGGUCCGCGACACCCUCUCCAAAGGGCUGAGUAGCUACCUGCGCAGGACAGCGCGCAGCAUCCUGGACUUGCCCUGGCAGAUUGUGCAGAUUGCUGAGACCAGCCAGCCCGGGCUGUUCCGGCUGUGGGCGGUGAUCGGGAGCGACCUGCACUGCAUCAGGCUGAGCAUCCCCCGGGUCUUCUACGUCAACCAGCGCGUCCCGAAGGCGGAGGAGGGAGCAGCCUACAAGAGGGUGAACAGGAUCCUGCCCCGCUCCAACUUGGUUUACAACCUGUAUGAAUACUCUGUCCCUGAAGACAUGUACCAGGAGCACAUCAACGAAAUCAACGCGGACCUCUCUGCUCCAGACAUCGAGGGAGUGUAUGAGACACAGGUACCGCUCCUCCUCCGGGCCCUGAUCCACCUGGGCUGUGUGUGCAUGGUCAGCAGGCAGCUUGUCAGGCACCUGGCGGGGCGGGAGGCCGAAACCUUUGACAUUGAGCACCUGGAGAUGCGCUCGCUGGCCCAGUUCACUUACCUGGAGCCAGGAAGUAUUCGCCACAUCUACCUCUACCACAGCUCCCAGGGCAGCAAGGCACUCCUGGGCCUCUUCAUCCCCUCGCAGCGCAAAGCUGCUGUCUUUGUGCUGGACAAGCUGCUGGAAAAGGCGGGCGAAGAGCUGCUGCCCCCGGACAAGCACACCUUCGAGGUGCGUGCGGAGACCGACCCCAAGGCCGUCUACAGAGCCAUCCAGCGGCUGCUGCUGGGCUACAAGGAUGAGCGCCGGGGCCCCACGCUGGUCACCGUGCAGUCCAACUGGGACCUGAAACGGCUGGCAAGUGGGAUCCCCAUCAUCGAGGAGUUCCCCUUGGUCCCUAUCCGGCUGGUAGAUGACAUCAGCUACUCGGUCCUGGACUGGCAGCGCCAUGCUGCCCGCCGCAUGAUCCGCCACUACCUCAACCUGGACACCUGCCUCUCCCAGGCUUUCGAGAUGAGCAGGUACUACCACAUCCCCAUUGGGAACCUCCCCGAGGACAUCUCCACCUUCGGCUCUGACCUGUUCUUCUCACGCCACCUCCGCCGUCACAACCACUUGCUGUGGCUCUCGCCCACAGCCCGCCCAGACCUGGGGGGUAAGGAGGCUGAUGACAACCGUCUGGUCAUGGAGUUUGAUGAGAGAGCCUCCGUGGAGAUAAACAACCCCGGCUGCUACUCCACAGUGUGUCUGGAGCUGGACAUCCAGAGCCUGGCUGUAAACACGGUGUUGCAGUCCCACCACAUAAACGACAUGGAAGGAGGCUCCAGCAUCAGCAUCAGCUUUGACGUGAUUCAGCAGGCGUCCCUAGAAGACAUGGUGACAGGGAACCAAGCUGCCAACAUCCCCGCCAGCUAUGAUGAAACUGCCCUCUGCUCCAACACUUUCAGGAUCCUGAAGAGCAUGGUGGUGAGCUGGGUGAAGGAGAUCACACAGUAUCACAACGUUUAUGCAGACAACCAGGUCAUUCACUUUUACCGCUGGCUCCGCUCUCCUUCCUCCCUGCUCUAUGACCCGGCGCUGCACCGCACGCUCCACAACAUGAUGAAGAAGCUUUUCCUGCAGCUUGUGGCUGAGUUCAAGCGUCUGGGCUCCUCGGUGGUUUACGCCAACUUCAACCGGAUCAUCCUGUGCACCAAGAAGCGGCGCAUCGAGGACGCCAUCAGCUACAUGGAGUACAUCAUCAACAGCAUCCACUCCAAGGAGAUCUUCCACUCUCUGACCAUCUCCUUCUCCCGCUGCUGGGAGUUCCUGCUCUGGAUGGAUCCAGCAAAUUACGGAGGGAUCAAGGGAAAAGUGGAUUCUCGCAUCCUCUACGGGGAGGACACCAGAAAGAGGCAAGUGUUGGAGGAGGAGGACAGUGAGGAAGAGGAGGAGGAGGCAGCCGGGGAAGAGGAGGAGGAGGAAGGGGAGCCAAAUGUGGAGGAGCUGCUGGAGAACAGCUGGAACAUCGCCCAGUUCCUGCCCCAGGCUGCCUCCUGCCAGAGCUACUUCCUGAUGAUCGUGUCAGCCUACAUUGUGGCUGUGUACCACAGCAUGAAGGAGGAGCUGCGGCGCAACGCCCCCGGGAGCACCCCCGUCAAGAGGAGGGGCAGCAACCAGGUGUCCCAGGAGGCGCUGGGGGAGAUGGGGGCCAUGCCAGGUAUGAUCACCUUCUCGCAGGAAUAUGUAGCCAAUGAGCUCACCCAGAGCUUCUUCACCAUCACCCAGAAGAUCCAGAAGAAGAUGGCUGGUUCUCAUAACGCCACUGAGCCUUCAGACAUGUUCCCGGUGCUGCCUGGUUCCUAUUUGCCCCUCAACAACCCAGCUCUGGAGUUCAUCAAAUAUGUUUGCAAGGUCCUCUCCCUGGAUGCCAACAUAACCAACCAGGUGAACAAACUGCGCCGGGACCUGCUGCGCCUGAUCGAGGUGGGCGAGUUCUCAGAAGCAGCCCAGUUUCGGGACCCUUGCCGCUCCUACGUGCUCCCUGAAGUCAUCUGCAGGAACUGCAACUUCUGCAGGGACCUGGACCUGUGCAAGGACCCUGCCCUCUCCCAGGACGGGUCGGUGCUGCCCAGCUGGGUCUGCCCCAACUGCCAGGCGCAGUACGACUCCAGUGCCAUUGAAAUGGCGCUGGUGGAAGGCCUGCAGAAGAAGCUGAUGGCCUUUGUGCUACAGGACCUGGUGUGCAAGAAGUGUCAGGGGGUGAAGGAGACACACAUGCCCGUGUACUGCAGCUGUGCUGGAGACUUUGCGCUCACCAUCUCCUCCCAGACCUUCAUGGACCACGUCAACGUCUUCCAGAACAUCGCCCAGCACUAUGGCAUGGCCUACCUCCUGGAAACCAUCGAAUGGCUGCUGCGCACCAAUCCCCAGCUCCAGCAAUGAGGGGGUG